GAUAUCUUCCAAAGUUGCUAAAUCCGUUACUUCAAUGGGCCAAAAGGCUUCUGCUGGAGCAAUAGGUGGAGUCUUUAGCCCAGCUUGCACAAAGAACUUCUCUACUAUCAUGAAAGGAGAGAAGUUAAUUAUGUCAAUUGAUCAAGGAACGACUUCAAGCAGAGCUCUAUUGAUUAACAAGAACCUUGAAGUUGUUGGUGUACAUCAGGAAAGCCAUAGUCAGGUCACAGAGAAUCCAGGAUGGGUCUCUCACAACCCAAUGGAGAUUUACAAAAAUGUCGAGAAGUGUAUCUAUGAAGUUAUGAACAAGCAUUCUAUUGACAAAUCUCAAAUUCAAGCUGUCGGAAUCACAAAUCAGCGUGAGACUACAGUUGCAUGGGAUAAGAACACUGGAGAACCACUACAUGACGCAAUUGUGUGGCUUGAUAAAAGAAAUGAGAAAAUAGUUGAAGACCUAAUAUCCACCCACGGUGUUGAUUCAUUCAGACAGACCACAGGCUUACCAAUUGCAACUUAUUUCUCAGCUACCAAAAUGAGAUGGAUGCUAGACAACAGCACAGAAGUGAAGAAAGCAGAAGACGAAGGAAGACUAUGCUUUGGAACAAUAGAUUCAUGGCUUACUUACUGCCUCACGGGAGGUGAGAAAUAUCUCACUGAUGCAACAAAUGCUAGUAGGACUAUGUUAAUGGACCUUGAAACACUCAGCUGGAACAAGGGCAUGCUCGAGAUUUUUGAUAUUAAGCAAGAAUGUCUUCCUCAGAUCAUUCCAGAGUCUUCAGCUGAUUUUGGAAUUAUCUCACAAUCAGAUUUUUCUGGGGUUCCAAUCACUGGAAUCAUUGGUGACCAACAGUCUGCUUGUUUAGGACACACUCUCAAGAAAGGAGAAAUAAAGAGCACAUACGGAACUGGGUGCUUUAUCCUCAUGAACAGUGGGACUAAGCCUAUUCACUCCAAAAAUGGUUUGUUAACAACAGUAAUGUACAAACUUUCAGAGGACUCUCCAACAAAUUAUGCACUCGAAGGAGCCUCAGAAUGUGGAGGUGUCACAAUCGAAUGGGCUAAAAAUAACUUAGGGCUUUUCAAAGAUUUUCAAGAAUUUGACCAUCUUCUCUCCUCUGUAGAAGACAGUGGAGGAGUCUAUUUUGUUCCAGCCUUCAGUGGCCUUUUCAGCCCAUAUUGGAGAAAUGACGUCAGAGGAACAAUCUUAGGAAUGAGUUUGCAUACCCACAGAGGGCAUAUUCUAAAAGCAUUGACUGACUCAAUCUUUAUUAGAUGUAGCGAAAUCAUCAAAGCAAUGGAACAAGACUGUGAAGGAGCCAUUGAAAUCCAAAAAGUCAUGGUUGAUGGAGGAGUUACCAAAAAUUCAGGACUAAUGCAAACCCAAGCUGACCUCCUUGAUAAAACGGUUGUAACUAAGAAGGAACAAGAAAUCACAGCUAUAGGAGCUGGUAUUGCGGCUGGCCUCAAAGUUGGAAUGUGGGAGAAUUCAAGUUCAGGAGACUUCCCAAUCACUAUCCCAGAUGCCCAGAAGUUUACCCCUUCCAUUUCAAAUGCCAAGAGAGCAGAGAUUACUGAAAAAUGGUCUGAUGCAAUUGAUAGAUCUCUUGGUUGGGCAUAAAUGCCAAACUUCCUGAGCCAUUUAGUCGCUGAAUUCAACG